AUGGCACCUCUUAUGUUCUUCACACUUUUUCUUACAAUUUCUGUACUUCAUUUUACUUCAGCAACCUCCUCCAUCUCCAACAUACCAACCUUAUUCCAAUUCCAAACCAACUCAUUCUUCUUCGUGAGACUACUCCGAUUUCGAUCACAAAUUGCUACCAAAGUAGGAGGCGUCUCCGAUUCCCCCGGUUCUCAAAACUCGGCCGAAAUCGAAUCCCUUGCUCGACUCGCCGUCGAUCAACACAACACCAAACAGAAUUCUCUUCUGGAGUUUACAAGGAUGGUCAAAACACGGGAACAGGUUGUUGCUGGUACACUGCAUCACCUUACGAUUGAGGCUGUUGAUGCGGGUGAGAAGAAGAUCUAUGAAGCUCAAGUAUGGGUCAAACCAUGGCUGAAUUUUAAAGAACUUCAAGAGAUCAAGCAUGCCGGUGGUGAUUAG